AUGUGGAAGGACUCAAUCAGUUCGUCAAGAUUGGUUCCAAAAAUGUUAGAUUUGACUUUUGAUGGUGUAAUGCAACAGAUCGAUAUAGAUCGAGUGGUAAGUCGUCGUCAAGAAAGGAAAGCUGAAUCUGUUGGAGGCAUCAUGGAUAAAGAAAAUUUCACACGUUCAUUAGAACAAAUUGAUAAUGAUACCGCAACAGUGCUUGCUGUGGAUCAGUUGUUGGAUACUUCAUUUCUAAUAUCUGAUGAAGAACUUGCGUGUUAUGUCCCACCUAUUGAUAUGGAAAUUGUCGCUGUUCGAAGAGACCACGUCUAA